GGCGACACCACGGUGGCACCGGGUGCAUGCGGGUUGGCUGGCAAGGAUGCAGCCUGCACCUGCGAGCAUCCCGAAAGGCCACCUCUGCAGCAGCCGCAAGCACAGAGCAACCCGAGAUCGCGGUGUCAGCGGCCACUAGAUCUUCCCCUAUAGGGCGCCUGUGGAGAAGACAACCGAAAAAGAGAACUUGCCAAAGUCUUGAUUUAGUUCGUAGACUUGGCAGUUUAAACAAAAUUUGUUCCUAAAAAUGCCUUAGGCCUUUAAUAGAAAUAACUGGAGGAGAUGGGUCCGACCCCUGCUGGUACUCCUUUACAUAGCUGCUCUUCUGGUAGCUGAUCCUAUUUGUAUUGGGCAAUUUCAAAAACCGAAGGUUCUCGUACACAAAGCCAUGGUUCAUUGCUGGCAUAUUCGUGCUGUUGACCAUCCCCGUGUCCAUGUGUGGGAUCCUUCAACAUGUGGCACAUUACACACAACCCAAACUUCAAAAACCAAUCAUAAGAAUCCUUUGGAUGGUCCCAAUAUACAGUCUGGAUAGUUGGGUGGCUUUGAAAUAUCCCAAAAUAGCAAUCUACGUGGACACCUGUAGGGAAUGUUACGAAGCUUAUGUCAUCUAUAACUUCAUGAUAUUCCUUAUCAACUAUCUGACAAUCCGAUUCCCAAACUUGAUACUACACCUGGAAGCUAAAGAUCAGCAAAACCACCUCCCUCCACUAUGCUUCUGUCCACCAUGGGCAAUGGGAGAAACGCUGCUCUUUCGGUGCAAGCUAGGAGUGCUGCAGUACACCGUGGCCAGACCAAUCACCACCGUCACCGCCCUGGCAUGUGAAAUCCUUGGAGUAUACAGUGAAGGAAAGUUUUGUUUCUCUAAUCCUUGGACAUACCUUGUUAUAAUAAACAAUGUGUCACAACUGUUCGCCCUGUACUGCCUGCUACUAUUUCACAAGGCCCUGAAGGAAGAGCUUAAGCCUAUAAAUCCACUUGGCAAGUUUCUUUGUGUGAAACUCGUGGUCUUCGUGACCUUUUGGCAGUCAGUACUUAUUGCCUUUUUGGUGAAAGUGGGAGUUAUUUCAGAAACACGGACCUGGGAAUGGCAAGGUGCAGAAGCUGUGGCCACGGGCCUGCAGGAUUUCAUUAUUUGUCUCGAGAUGUUUUUGGCCGCAAUUGCCCAUCAUUAUACUUUCUCCUAUAAACCCUAUGCCCAUGAAGCUAAGAAAGGCUCCUGCUUUGACUCCUUCCUCGCAAUGUGGGAUGUUUCAGACGUAAGGGACGAUAUUUCCGACCAAGUUAGUCGUGUCGGGAGGACAAUGCGAGGUUAUCCAAACCAACAUCAUAAAGAACAUUCAAGCCUCCUUUCCUCAUCUUCCCAAGAAAGACCUUCUGGCUCUUCAAAGUCACCCUCCACAGUGGGCGUAUACCAAGGUUUUGGACACACAGUUACCUCACAGAGCCCUAUGCCAGCAGAAGAGCAGAAGAGUCUUAUAAGAGGACAAGAUAGCAUACAUGACAUCCCCAAAACACAACUAAAGCUUCUUGAAUCCUACCAACAUAUCAUAAUUAAUAUCCCAGAAGACCAGAUGGAGAUUCCUGAUUUCAGCUUUCAAUACAUUAUAGAAACAGUUUCUUCACAGGGGUUAUUUUCAUCAGAACCAUCUGAAGCUUCUGCAAUUGAUAUGUUGGAAUCACUGCAGGAGAUAUCUGAUUCAUCCACAGACCCUUAAAGCUGCCACAUCCUCCUGUACAGUUUAAAAUUUAAGAUAGGCUAAAAAUAGAUAGACAUAUAACAGUGAUAUGUACAUAUAUUUAUAUAUAUUUUACAUAUCACAAAUAAUAUUUAAAUUUCCUAAGCUUUGGCUGUCUUAAACUGUUAGGAUAUCAUAUAUUCUAACAGUAUGUGACAACUUUAGAAGAUGCUCUUGAAUUUAUCAAACAGAUGAACAUUUAAAAAAAACAAUCAAUGCUUCAUACCACUGCAUGAAUGUAAUGCUCUGGACUGAAAAUUUGAAUUAAUUGAAUUUAAUCCUAAUCAUGUGCCAUUUCACUUUACAUAAUUAUACUGUUUUUAAACUCAUAAAACUCUUACAUGUCUUAUUCUUUUUCUUUAUUCCUCGAGUCUCCUAUAUAUCCAUGGUUGCCCUAGAACUUGUUGCAAGAUACUUCCUAUCCAUUCACAUUGAGGGAGUUUGAGGCCAGUGAUUGGAGGAGGAGGAGGAAGAGGAGUAGGAGCUAUGAGAAGUGAGGGGAGGGAGA